ACUGCUAGUACACAAGUUAAAAAAGAAGAAACGAUUUCGAAUAGGUUAUGUUGUUUUAUGAAAUUUGUUUUGCUUAAGAUGAGCGGUAUUAUUAAGAUUAUUUUAAAAUGGAAUGGUAAGGAGUUCGAUGUUGAAACUGCCGAAGACGAUACGGUAUUGAACUUGAAGAAAUUGAUAGAAAAUGUAACCGGUGUAAAAUGCGAAAGGCAAAAACUACUAAAUCUAAAGUAUAAAGGGAAAACCCCCGAUGACGACUGUACUUUGGGUCAAUUAAAACUAAAGCCCAAUUUCAAGCUUAUGAUGAUGGGCUCUUUAGAAGAGGAUAUAGUUGAAGCAAAUACAGCUCCUACAAAUCUUCCAGAAGUAGUUAAUGAUUUGGAUAUAGAAGAAGAAGAAGUAGCAAUAGAAAACCAAGAUGUGUAUCUUGCAAAAGUAGAAAAACGUAUAAAGGAGUAUAAGAUAAACUUGUUGAAUGAUCUCAGACCGAAUAAAAAGCUGUUGGUAUUAGAUAUAGAUUACACACUUUUUGAUCACAGAUCUACAGCUCAAACGGGUGCAGAACUCAUGAGGCCUUAUUUACAUGAAUUUUUAAUGAGUUCUUAUGAAUAUUAUGAUAUUGUCAUUUGGUCAGCUACUGGUAUGAAGUGGAUUGAAGAAAAAAUGAAAUUAUUAGGGGUUUCUAGUAAUCCCAAUUACAAAAUAGCAUUUUAUCUAGAUUCUCUUGCAAUGAUCUCAGUUCAUAUACCAAAGUAUGGUGUUGUUGAUGUAAAGCCGUUGGGUGUUAUUUGGGGAAAAUUUCCUCAGUUUACUUCAAAAAAUACCAUUAUGUUUGAUGAUAUAAGAAGGAACUUUAUUAUGAAUCCGAAAAACGGUUUGAGGAUAAAACCAUUCAGAGAAGCUCAUUUAAACAGAGGAAAAGACAAAGAACUGUUGAAUUUGGCAAAAUAUUUGAAAGAUUUAGCUGAAAAUUGCCCUGAUUUUGCUUCUGUUAAUCAUCGGCAUUGGGAGAAAUAUAAACCAAAGCACAGAUGAUCAAUUUACUUUUAAUGGCAAUGAUGAUUGAAUUGGUUUAGGUUGCUAACAAUAAUGGUAAAAUUGAGAAAAACGCCAUAUAAAAGUUAAAAAUGUAUUAUUAAAAUAGUUACAGCAGUAAAUAAA